AUGGCAUUGAUCAAGAGCAACGCCUUCUUCACAUCCUUACUGAUUCUGGCUGCACUCUUUGGAGUUGCCAUUGGAGGAACCGUACACAAAGUCGGCGACUCGAGCGGAUGGACCAUGAUGGGCGUCAACUACGAAGCUUGGGCUUCUUCAAGAACUUUUCAAGUCGGAGACUCUUUGGUUUUUGAAUACAACAACGAUUUUCACGACGUAACUGAAGUCACUCACCAUGAUUUCGAGCUGUGCGAUCCAUCUAAACCGGUAGCAAAUUACCAAACCGGUUCUGACACAAUCAGUCUAAGCAAACCGGGACUGCAACACUUCAUAUGUGGUACUCCUGGUCACUGCGACUUAGGACAAAAGGUUCAAAUCAUGGUCCUACCUGCAUCGUUGGGUCCCGUUGCAGCACCAGUUCCCGGACCGGUCCGAUCACCAAGCACUUCCCCGUCGUCUCCUUCACCGGCUGAUAAUGCUCCACAGUAUCAGAUGGGACCAUCACUAGCUCCACAAAGUGAACCUUCUGUUUCUAAGAGUGGUUGGAUCGGAUUCAGCUUCUUCCAUUAG